AUGCCUAUGAAAAGGCAACAGAAGCUACUUGCAAUCCUAACAGGUCCACAGCCAAAGUACGGCUGCUGCUUCACUGUUCAACCUCGCAGAAUGGACUUUGGCCGUGGGUCUGUAAGACCCCAGAUAUCUUCUGAUGCCUUUUCAUAUGCGUUUCCUAUAUAUUUCUUAUUACAAAAUACAUAUCUCCUUAUUUGGAUCCGCAGCCAAAGUCCAAUCUGCGAGGUUGAACAGUGGAACAACAAUUGGACUUUGGCUGUGGGCCCGGUAGCUCCAUACCCAAAGUCCAAUUUUGCGAGGGAAUACGAUACUAUCCAUAUAAUAUUAUUUUAUAUAGAUUUGCGUGUGCACUUGUCAAUGAAAGAUAUAUAG